UAACCCAGCAACUCAGCCAGCCCACAGGGAUCCCCUCUCCAGCCAAUCGCAUCUGAGAAAUGGCUCUGCCCCUAACAAUGAUGGCGCGAGAGGGCGCUGUGAGGGCAGGCUGAACUGAACGCCCGAACCCGUGUCGGACAGCGAAGACAGUGGUAGCGGCGCGGCCCCAACCAUGGAGGAAGGCGGCAUCGCUGGCAGCGGUGCCAGCGACAGCAGCUCCAGCGGAAGUGGCGGGGCGCAGCAAAGGGAACUGGAACGCAUGGCUGAGGUCCUGGUUACCGGGGAGCAGCUGCGGCUCAGGCUCCAUGAAGAAAAGGUGAUUAAAGAUAGGCGACAUCAUCUCAAAACCUACCCAAACUGCUUUGUUGCUAAAGAACUGAUUGACUGGCUGAUUGAACACAAAGAGGCUUCUGACAGAGAGACGGCAAUUAAACUCAUGCAGAAAUUAGCCGACCGGGGCAUUAUUCAUCACGUGUGUGAUGAGCACAAGGAAUUCAAGGAUGUCAAACUCUUCUACCGCUUUCGAAAGGAUGAUGGUACCUUCCCAUUGGACAACGAAGUGAAAGCCUUCAUGAGAGGACAGAGGCUCUAUGAGAAGCUGAUGAGUCCUGAAAAUACUCUUCUGCAGCCCAGGGAGGAGGAAGGAGUCAAGUAUGAGCGCACCUUCAUGGCAUCUGAAUUCUUGGAUUGGCUCGUGCAGGAAGGUGAGGCCACCACCCGGAAGGAAGCGGAGCAGCUCUGCAACCGACUCAUGGAACAUGGCAUCAUACAACAUGUGUCCAACAAACACCCAUUUGUGGACAGCAAUCUUCUCUACCAGUUCAGAAUGAACUUCCGUCGGAGGCGAAGACUGAUGGAGCUGCUCAGUGAAAAGUCCCUCUCCCCUCAGGAAACUCACGACAGUCCCUUCUGCCUGAGGAAGCAGAGCCAUGACAACCGGAAAUCUACCAGCUUCAUGUCAGUCAGCCCUAGCAAGGAGAUCAAGAUUGUGUCUGCAGUGAGGCGGAGCAGCAUGAGCAGCUGCGGCAGCAGUGGCUAUUUCAGCAGCAGCCCCACACUCAGCAGCAGCCCCCCGGUGCUCUGCAACCCCAAAUCUGUGUUAAAGAGACCUGUCACGUCUGAGGAACUCCUAACGCCAGGGGCCCCAUAUGCAAGGAAGACAUUCACGAUUGUUGGUGAUGCCGUUGGCUGGGGCUUUGUGGUUCGAGGAAGUAAUCCAUGCCAUAUCCAAGCCGUGGACCCCAGUGGCCCUGCAGCUGCUGCAGGAAUGAAGGUUUGUCAGUUUGUCGUCUCUGUGAACGGGCUCAAUGUGCUGCAUGUAGACUACCGGAAGGUGAGCAAUCUGAUCCUGACAGGCCCACGGACAAUUGUCAUGGAGGUCAUGGAGGAAUUAGAAUGCUGA